CAACAACAACAACAACAACAACAACAACAACAACAACAACAACAACAACAACAACAACAACAACAACAACAACAACAACAACAACAACAACAACAACAACAACAACAACAACAACAACAACAACAACAACAACAACAACAACAACAACAACAACAACAACAACAACAACAACAACAACAACAACAACAACAACAACAACAACAACAACAACAACAACAACAACAACAACAACAACAACAACAACAACAACAACAACAACAACAAUCAAACAAACAAACAAAACAACAACAACAACAACAACAACAACAACAACAACAACAACAACAACAACAACAACAACAACAACAACAACAACAACAACAACAACAACAACAACAACAACAACAACAACAACAACAACAACAACAACAACAACAACAACAACAACAACAACAACAACAACAACAACAACAACAACAACAACAACAACAACAACAACAACAACAACAACAACAACAACAACAACAACAACAACAACAACAACAACAACAACAACAACAACAACAACAACAACAACAACAACAACAACAACAACAACAACAACAACAACAACAACAACAACAACAACAACAACAACAACAACAACAACAACAACAA